GAUUCUCUCUGUUACCUGAAACCCCCAAAAACGGGCGUCAGUCAUGUCUGCCCUCCCACCCCAGCUACCGGGAACGUGAGUCGCCGGAAAGCAUAGGCGACGGUCCAUGCCGAACCCUACCGCCGAUCACGUCAACUCACCGUGGACACUGGCCAUCCGCGCUGCCGCAGACCAGGGCCUCCCGCGCCGCGCCAUUGCGCUCUACCUAUCGUCCUUCCGCUCCGGCGCCGCCCACCGCCCCUGCCCCUUCGCCCUCGCGGCCGUCCUCAAGUCCGUCUCCCGCCUCCCCGCCCAUACUGUGGCCACGGCUGCCGCUUCCUUCCACGCUCAUAUUCUUCGCCUAGGCCUCCUCGCGCACCCGUACCCACACGCCGCGCUUGCCAACCUCUAUUCCCGCGACCCCGUCGCUGCGCGCAGCCUGCUCGACGAAACGCCUCCCUCGGGAGCACGGGCGCCGCAUUCCCUACUCGUUUCCCGGAACUCACUGCUCGCCUCACUUCUCCGCUCCGGGGACCUCUCUGCCGCGCGCGCUCUGUUCGACCAGAUGCCCGUGAGGGACAUUGUGUCAUGGAACUCCAUGGUCGCGGGCCUCGCCAAGGCUGGUCGCCUCGACAGCGCCAUCGAGCUCUUCGACCAGAUGCCUGAGCGGAACGCCGCGUCCUGGAAUGCCGUCAUUUGUGGGCUCAUCGCCCAUGGCCACCUGACUCGAGCGAGGGAGAUGUUCGAGCAGAUGCCUGUCAGGAGCAACAUCUCCUGGAUCACGAUGAUCUCCGGGUAUGCCAAGGCUGGCGACGUUCAGGCUGCUGCUGGCCUGUUUGAACGGAUGGAGAACAAGAAUGAUCUUUAUGCGUGGAAUGUGAUGAUUACAUGCUAUGCACAAAAUGGCUGUGCGAGGGAGGCGAUUGGAGUUUUCAACCGGAUGCUCAAGCCUCAUGUCUGUGUUCUGCCCAAUGAGAAAACUUUCUCAUCUGUCAUCUCCGCUUGCUCCCAGCUAGGGAACUUGAGGUUUGGGCUGUGGGUUAAGAGCUUCAUGGGGUCUCUGGGAAUUGAACUGGAUGAUCACUUGCGCACCGCCCUCGUGGAUUUGUACACCAAGAGUGGGCGGAUUGAUAGCGCUUUUGAUUUGUUCAAAGGCCUGAGGACAAGAGACGUGGUAUCUUACAGUGCAAUGAUUGUGGGCUGCGGGAUGAAUGGCAAGUUAAACGAAGCUAUAGGUUUAUUCAAGGAGAUGUCUGACGCAAAUAUUCGUCCUAAUGCAGUGAGCUUUGUGGGAUUGUUGUCUGCAUACAACCAUGCUGGGCUAGUGGAAGAAGCUCGAGCUUGUUUUGCUUCCAUGUCAAGCAAAUAUAAGAUUAGACCUUCAACGGAACACUACACCAUCAUGGUAGAUCUCCUUGGGCGUAGCGGGAAGUUGGAUGAAGCGUUUCAGCUGAUCAGGCAGAUGCCGAUGCAACCACAUGCUAGCGUUUGGGGUGCUUUGCUUCUUUCUUGCAGGUUGCAUAACAAUGUUGAGCUUGGGGAGGUCGUUGCUUCCAAGUGCUUUGAACAGGCGCCUGGAGAGAGUGGAUAUUACAUACUGUUGGGGAACAUAUAUGCACAAGCAAACAAAUGGGACAAGCUUAAGAGGUUAAGGAAGACAAUGAAGGAAAGAGGCUUGAGUAAGAUGCCUGGGAGUAGUUGGGUGCUGGCUGAAUAGAUACGUUUUACUGAUCUUAGUCAUUUUGAUAAAUUUGGUUCAGGUAAUACUGGAUUCAAUUGAUUAUUCUUGCUCUGGAUUGGGCAGUUUGAUGUGUUUAUGUUGGUAUCUGAGAAAUUCCAAUCAUUACUAAGGAGGUACAUUAUGGUCUGUAUCCAUCACCUUUCACACCUUUCACUCAAUUCAUGUAUCUUCCUUAAUAUCCUUCACAGUUGUACACUAGCUAUGUGACUUGUGAUUUAGAUAGUUGAGACUAAUGUUUGCGUCUCCAUAAAUAGCUGUUGACGACGAAGUCCAUAUUUCUCAAAAGUUGCUUUCUGGUAUGUAGAAGAACAACUGUUGUCAAGGUAUGGGCACAUUGCCCUUCUAUCAGAAUUUUGUUGUCAUGCAACAUCUAUGUAUAAAUUGUACGGUUAGGAUUACAGGUCACAAUAUAUUUAAAAUAAAAACAAAUUAAAGAUCACUUAUAAAUGGAUGAAAUGGAAUCUUCUGCGAGGCUUUCACCACUACUUAGCCUUCUUAUAAUGUCAUUUACUCUCUCGUCACUCGUCAGGAGUGAUUUCUGGAGAAGGUAUAUGCAUAAUGCUGUAAGCUGCAACCAUGACAGUGUCCUCUCCACUUAUUCGUGCCAAAAGAGGUGCUUACCGGCAACAGCACCUGGCAAGUACAUUGUUAGAGCAUAUUACUGCUUUGGUCUAAUAUUUCCAUCUCGGUCAAAUUGUAUACAAUUAGUAAUCAGCUGAAGGGCACUCACGAAGUGAAAAGCGGGCUGGCAUUUUCUUGAUCGACUCGUGCGCUUUAUUUUCAGGCACUGAGUUAAGGUACUCCCUCCGUUUUUGUUUACUCCGCAUAUUAGGUUUGUAUAAAGACAAACUUUAAAUACUUUCAACAAGUUUGUAGAAAAGUAUAUUAACAUAUACACCACCAAAUCAAUACCAUUGGAUUCAUCAUUGCAUAUAUUUUCACAUCAUAUAAAUUUGUUACUGUAAAUGUUCAUAUUGUUUUCUACAAACUUGGUCAAACUUUAUAAAGUUUAACUUCAGUCAAAACUGCGGAGUAAAUAAAAAUGGAGGGAGUAUGAUUUUUGUAACUUCUUAUAACAGAUUCUAAGUUUGUGAAUGUGGAAAGCCCCAAGUGUGUACAUAGUCUCUCUUAAAUCCUUCUUAGUUCCCAUGUCAGGACAUACUUCCCAUAGACGGUUUUUGUUGUUGCAAAAUUGUUUGUCGUAAGUCGAAUUGCAUAUUUGUUUAUGAAAAAUUAUUGCCUAAUAAAAUUCUGCAGCUGUGUGUUCUUAGCGUAUGGUUGGAAAAAAGGUUCAAAAUACGUGCCACCCUCGGCAAAUUGUUCUCGCACUUUGAUUGACGAUACUAUUUUUUUUUUGAAAACUACCAGCAAUUGCUGGCCUUUUAUAUUAUGAGGCAGGGAGCAGUAUUUACAUCACCGUUUGCAUGGUCUUAAGGAAUAAAGGUCAGAGGAAAGGAAGAGUGAUAGGGCCUAGAAAACCCUAAAGAGCGGGGUGACACUAUUUCACGUCGGGUCCCCAAAGGGGUGCAGCAUGCAUCUCGCUCCCGUCAGUCGCGGGGAUUCCAGGGCUCGUCUGACGGCUUGAAGGAUGGCCGGAGGCGCAGCGAUCUUCUUCUGGAACACUGUGCGGUUGUGCUCGAGCCAUAGCUCCCAUGAGAUGAGGAUGGUGAUAGACCUGAUUCCUUUCUGAUGCUUAGCUGGUGUGGCAUUCAGGAUAUGGGACCAAUACACCUCCGAGCGGUCACCUUCAGGCCAAGUGCUUGGGCCGAGGGCGGAGCAGCCGCACCAGCCUGCUGCCGUGCUCCAGACCUGUCGCGCAUCCGGACAGUGCCAUAGUAGAUGAACAGAGGUUUCUAAGUUUCGAACACAGAGCGGGCAGAAAUAGUCGUUCUGCCACCCUCAUCGCUGCAGUCUGUCCGCGCACCACAGCCUGUCCAGCAUCAGCAAUCAGGUGAAGAAUUUGCAGCGUGGUGGAGCCCAGGCCUUCCAGAACAUGGUGGCAUAAUUGGAGUCUAUCCUACCGGCGAACUGCAGUCUAUACGCUGCCGCCGCGCUGUAGCUGCCGGAGGCAGUUGUCUUCCAGGUAAUACUAUCCGGCACAUCCGGCUUUGACGAUACUAUGACCAAAGAACAACACCUUAGAAGAGGUUAUUUAUUUCUGGUCAUUUUGUUGGUACAGGGUAUUUGCAGUGAGUGAGAUAUGGUGUUAUCUCUGAUGGUGAUAUUUGCUUGGCCUAUGAACUAUGGUGACAUAUUCGAUCAAAUAUUGCACUUUGUCGCGGGAAACCACGGCCACCUAUGGGACCAGGACAGCCCCUUGCUGGUUCGGCGGGGGGAGUCGCGUUGCACAAAGAGCAGACCAACGUGGGGCAGCGCGACAGAGAUCAUGCGGGCAGUUUUACCGAGGUUCGGGCCUCCGGGAGGCGUAAAACCCUACUCCUGCUUUGGUGGAUUGAUGGUAGAAAUGUGGUGAUGGUGCGUAAUACAGUUGCCCGGCAGGGGUUGCCUCAGGGCAACAACGACUACACGUACGGGGGUGCGAGUGAUCUAACUUUCCAACCCCUCUAACUGUUGCAAUGGGCCUCCUUUUAUAGGUAAAUUAGUGAUUAGACACUGAUAUGAUAGCAAAUAGUGCUAUCAUACCUAACUCUGCAGGCUGACAGUGUGCAUUUAAUGCACCACUUAGCGUCACGUCGUUGGUUGCCCGACAUGGCUUGCCGGGCUAUCUUGCCAGCUCCACGCCUGCUUGCUUGACACGUCAUGGGACGGGUGUCGUCUGUGGGUUCUCUUGGUGGGAAGUGGCCGCCAUGUGGCGAAUGGCUGCCACUUAAUCACUCUGUGGCUUGACACCGCACUGAUCAACGACGCGAGUCGUGGUGGAGCGGUCGGUGGGGCGAUCUGGCCUCCGCAGGUCCCGGCAGGCCCUGCCGCGACACCUUGGUCAUCUUCUUCUGAGGGUGGCCUCACCCCUUGCCGGGCUCGCCUACCCGGCAAGGGAGGCUUCUUUCCUGCCGAUACCUUGUUCUUCUGGCUUGGUCUUGGUCCCUCUGGUCUGCUUGUUAGUUCUUUGAGUCUCUUGAUCCCUUGUUCAUCUUGGUCUGAUGCUUCAAUCUUGAUCUUGUGCCUGUGCACAGUUAGGGCGACAGGCCCAGAGUCUGUUGCACCGACACACUUGUUUGAAAAUGUAAUGGUUCAGUGCUUGAACUGUUUCGACCCUGUGUGCUAAUUUUUCGAGACUGGACACCUUCGAAUGUGCUGAGAUUGCAAAGAAAACGAAGAGCUUUAUUGCCUUGGCGCAAUAACAUCACUGCAUGGUUGUCAGUGUUUGUAUGGUACUCCCUCUGUUUUGAUAUAAUCAUAUAGACAUGCAUGUUUAUAAGACUGAACUUUGACAAACAAUUACUCCAACCAUAUGUGGAGUCGUGGACAGCGUGCUACAAAGUUGAUAUCAUUAUAUUUGUAUCCAUAAAUAAAUAAAUUAUACUGUUAUUUUUUUGCACAAACAAAAA